AAUUCACAUUCAUAUGUUCACAUAUUCUGCAAAAUCAGCUUUGGCCUGAGCCCUCCAACAAACUCUACACACACACACACACACACACACACACACACACACACACACACGCAUUCAUUCAACAUUUAUGGAAUUUGCAGGUUCUGACUUGGUGGAGAAUUCAAAGAUAAAGAAAUCAAUGUCCCUGCCCCUCUAGAGAAGAGCCAGUGUCACUGCAGCCCAAAAACCCCCAGGGCUCACCUUCGGACUUUUUCAGACAUGGUUGGCAGCAGCUGCCAUGCUCCUUAUAUCCUCCUGUUCUCAGAAAAUCCUAGCACUACUCUCCCCGUCCUUGUCAUGGGCAUCACUUACUCACCUGAAGUUAGGUCAGGCGGGGGGUCAUCUUUACUCUGAUCAUCUUAUUCUACUCCUGCUUCUUCAGCUCUGGCCUCCAGAGCUGCCACCUUUUUUGUAUGUCCAGGAAUUACGUCCGAUGAUGUGGGAUCUGAAGGAUGUGGGCUAGUUAGCCUGGAGAGAACACCAUUGUGAAGUAAGUCAAUUACUGACCACAGGGCUGUGGAGAGGAAUUAUAUAAGAAGGAAGUGGACUGAUUGUUCAUGGUCUGUGAAAGAAACAGUAACAUAGACUCAGGUUAAGAGAGGAGAGAUGGUAUUUCAAGUGUAGGAAGAAAAUCCUUAUCCAAAGCCACUCCGGACUUCUCAGAGGGGAGGACAGAUAGACUGCCGCCCAGGGGGGAGUUUCGUGGUUCUUCUGACUUCAGGUGAUGGGUGGGGUUGGCCUGGUGCUCUGAUCCCUCUAACUCAACGGUUCCAUGAUUCUAUGAUGUCACUGCAGAAGGAAGAAUGGGGAGCUGGGCUCGGCUCCAGCUGCUCCGAUUCCUCUGUCGUCUGAAUUCUGACAGUUUUGGGGUGAGGGGAGGUGGGCUGAGUCCCACGUGCCCCAGCUCAGUCUCCCCUCUAGCCACCUCAGCCCCUACCACGUUUGUGGAGAGAAAUUAACCCGUGUGAGUCCACGCCACCAAAGCAAGCAGAGCAUAUCUGAUGAAGCGGAUCCAAAGAACAACAAUGAAAGCACCCUUUUAUUCUUCUGUUUCCAGAAAAUUUAAAGAACAAGAGAACUACAUUCAAACUGAGCUGGAAAAGUAUAUCUGGAUGAUCUAUGACUGUGAGAGUGGAUGAGUCUUCUAGCUAACCCUAUGAGCUUUGAAACCACAGCAUUCACUUUCUUCGUCAUCCUUCUAAUUUGCCUCAGUUGCAUCUUCUUUUUAUUGGUGGUUUUUUUUUAUAAAUGUUCCCAAAGCAGGACAGAUGAAGAGACAGAAAAAGGUCCUUGUAUAGAUGCUAAUGGAGGUGAAGAUUGUACAGCUGCUAAUACAGAGAUGAACAAUUCAGGAGACAAAGAAAAUUCUACGACUCUUGUACCCACGAGGCCUGGCAUUCUUGUCCAGAGACAGAGUAAAGCAGUGGUGGCCACACCCUUAGGAAAUGGAGAGGAUGUGAAAGAUGAAGAGGAGGACAAAAUAAAAGAGAAGCAAAGGGCUGAGAAUGCUGGAGAAAAUGGUCAAGAGAAUGACUAUUUGCAAAAACCACCCAUACCUGUCACUGGAAGUCCUUCAGUUGUUGAUAACCAUAAAAGACCUUUAAAAGGAGUGACAUUUUCUAGGGAGGUAAUUGUUGUGGACCUUGGAAAGGACAAUCCUAUAGCUCGAAGCUAUACUCGAUUACAUAAAGAGAGAAAAUGAAGCACAAAAAAGGCUGAGAGUGAAAGAGAUGCAACCUUAGACUAACAAUGAAAUGGCUGGGGGUACAAAAUCAUGUUGAAACAGCAAAAUAAUGGGGAAUUAAGUAAAUACAGAUAGUAUUUCACUUUUGUGCAAAAGAGGUGGAGUAUGUGCAAAAUUCUAUAAGUAGAAUACCCAGAGCUUGAAUACAGAUUUUUUUAAAAACUCAAAUCUGAGCUCAAGAAAUUGAUUGUAUUGUGUCCUUAAAACUUUGUCUACUCAAACACUAUUCUAACAUGUGAAUAAAGUUAUUUGUGUUUGUGCAGAUGUCU